AUGGAGAAAGAGGAAUCACAAUUACCACCAUGCCCUUUGCCGGAUAGAUUAUUUGCCGCCGAAGAAGAACCAAUAGGCGUGAGGGUAAUAGCACACCACAAAUCUUGCGGGAUCAGACAAAUUCUCAACACACUCGACACCAACGAAGUUGAGAUGAUUCGGUUUUUGCCUUUCGGUAAGUUUAUAGAUGCCCACAACUUAUAA